CGGCUUCUUUAAUGAUUGGAAUAUGUUCGAAAUCUCAGAACUCAUAUUCAAGUGCCGUUAAGCCACAAACUCACUGUAUCUUCUUAGCCAGAGAGAAGAAGAAGAAGAAAAAACCAUCAUUAUCACCAUCACCAUGUGAUGAUGCAGAGAAGAAGAAACUCUUGGAAAAUGGGUUGCAGAGUCGUAGCUGCUGCCGAAGAAGAAGAUGAAGAAACGGCGUCACUGCCUGAAACGAUGUCGUAUACGGCGGAGAAAGAGAAACCAAACACUCCCUCCUCGCCUUUCAGAAAGAGGCCACCAAGAUGGUCAGACCUCUGGCUCAAGAACUCCAAUCCACUCAAACAUGUAGUCUCCGCCAUGAAACUCCACUCCCUCUCUUCCCCCAAAAACCCCAAAACCAAAACCCAAACCCCCAUUUUCUCUGAACUCGACCGGACCCUCCUCUUCUCCGACGAAAUCCUCCUCACAAUCCUCGCCAAGCUUCCCCUGUCACAGCGUAACGCCAACUCACUCGUCUGCAAAAGAUGGCUCAGCCUCCAAGAUCGACUGGUACGGUCUCUCAAGCUUCUCGACUGGGGCUUUCUUCAGUCGGGUAGGCUAACACUUAGGUUCCCGAAUCUGACCCAUGUUGAUUUGCUUUCUGGGUCUCUGAUUUCGACCCGGAAUUCGGAAAUUUUGUUGAACCACAAAAUGUUUUCGGUUCAUAUCGGUUGUCGUUUUUCGCCGGAGGCUCAAGCUUUCCAGGCCCACUUGCUUCCACCGGAGGUUAUUGAUAGAGGGCUUCAAGAACUAGCCAAUGGUUGCCCAAAUCUUCGCAAAGUAGCACUGGUUGGUGCUACUGAACUGGGUCUGUUGAGUUUAGCCGAAGAAUGCGCUACUUUGCAAGAUCUGGAAUUGCACAAGUGCAACGACAACGUCUUGCGUGGUAUAGCAGCAUGUGAGAAUUUGCAGGUACUGAAGUUGGUAGGCAAUGUUAACGGGUUUUAUAGUUCAACGGUCUCUGAUCUUGGGUUGACAAUUUUGGCUCAAGGGUGUAAGAGACUAGUUAAGCUUGAGCUCAAUGGCUGCGAGGGAAGCUUUGAUGGGAUCAAAGCAAUUGGGCAAUGUUGUCAAAUGCUGGAGGAAUUGAGUAUUUGUGAUCAUAGGAUGGAAGCUGGGUGGUUGGCUGCUCUUUCGUAUUGUGAGAAUUUGAAGACUCUGAAGUUUGUGUCUUGUAAAAAGAUUGAUUCUAGUCCUGAACCAGAUGAGUAUUUGGGCAUAUGUCCAGCUCUGGAGCGUUUACACUUGCACAAGUGUCAGCUAAGGGACAAGAAGACAGUGAAAGCUUUGUUUACCUUAUGCGGGGCUGUUAGGGAGAUUGUUUUCCAGGACUGUUGGGGAUUGGAGAAUGAUGUGUUCAGUUUGGCAAGUCUUUGCAGGAGGGUGACUUUUCUGUCCUUAGAAGGGUGCUCAUUGCUAACAACAAAUUGUUUGGAGUCAGUGAUCCUUUCAUGGAAGGAGAUUGAGAGUCUCAAAGUAGUAGGGUGCAAAAGCCUCAAGGAUGGGGAAAUCUCUCCUGCAUUGUCUAGCUUAUUCUCCAUCCUUAAAGAGUUGAAAUGGAGACCUGACACCAAAUCUCUUCUUGCAUCAAGUGUUGUUGGAACUAACAUAGGGAAGAGAGGUGGUAAAUUUCUCAAGAGGAUAUUGGACCAUAAGUUGCUACAUUUCGAUCAAAGCCUGUUACACCUUUGAUCUUGAUCUGCUGCGCAUACAAGAAUAAUUCAAGUGGACGGUGCUUAAGGGGUCUUGUCAUGAAGACUUAAAGCAAGAGUUUAUGAUUAUGUUGUUGUUGUCCAUUUAGGAUGAUUUUGACAGAGGACGAUCAUUCUUCAUUAUCUUCUUCAUGUAAUCUAAUUGUAUGACAUUCGUUCUACUUAACUCUUGUUAAUUUUUCUUA